CCGCUCAGUGUCAGUCAGACAUGGAGCUGCAGCCCAGGGCCGCGGCGGGGGCGGCGGGCCGCGGGGCGCCGAGGCCCAGCUGAGCCGGCCGUGGGAGCGAAACCCCACAGCAGAGACGACGGAGGCGGAAGCAGUCCGGAGGCGGCGGCGGCAGCCUGGGCAACCGGAGCCGCCUGGGAUGUUCAGUCAUGAAACGAGUGCGCGCCGAGCAGAUUCAGAUGGCAGUGUCCUGCUACCUCAAACGCCGGCAAUACAUGGACUCAGAUGGUCCCUUGAAGCAAGGGCUGCGGCUGUCACAGACUGCUGAGGAGAUGGCAGCCAAUCUCACAGUUCAGUCGGAAUCUGGUUGUGCCAACAUAGUGUCUGCAGCCCCUUGCCAGGCAGAGCCCCAGCAAUAUGAAGUACAAUUUGGACGCCUGCGGAAUUUUCUCACUGAUUCUGAUUCCCAGCACAGCCACGAAGUGAUGCCUCUCCUCUAUCCUCUCUUUGUCUACCUCCAUCUCAACCUGGUCCAGAACAGUUCCAAGAGCACAGUGGAAAGUUUUUACAGCCGCUUCCAUGGAAUGUUUCUGCAGAAUGCUAGCCAGAAGGAUGUCAUUGAGCAGCUACAGACCACUCAGACCAUCCAGGACAUCCUGUCUAACUUCAAGCUCCGAGCAUUCCUAGAUAACAAGUAUGUAAUCCGUCUCCAGGAAGACAGCUACAACUACCUUAUCCGCUACCUCCAAAGUGACAACAAUACUGCCCUGUGCAAAGUCCUUACCUUACAUAUUCAUCUUGAUGUGCAACCUGCCAAGAGAACAGACUACCAGCUCUAUGCCAGUGGCAGCUCCUCUCGCGGAGAGAGCAAUGGCUUAGAGCCCCCUGAUGUGCCCAGCCCUAUUCUACAGAAUGAGGCCGCUCUGGAGGUCCUUCAGGAGAGCAUUAAGCGUGUCAAGGACGGACCUCCCUCCCUCACUACCAUCUGCUUCUAUGCCUUCUAUAACACAGAGCAGCUGCUGAACACUGCAGAAAUCUCCCCUGAUAGCAAGCUGCUUGCGGCUGGGUUUGACAACUCUUGCAUAAAACUUUGGAGUUUACGAUCCAAGAAGUUAAAAUCAGAGCCCCAUCAAGUAGACGUGUCCCGUAUCCACUUGGCUUGUGAUAUUCUGGAAGAGGAGGAUGACGAGGAUGACAGUGCCGGCACAGAGAUGAAGGUACUGCGGGGACACUGUGGACCCGUGUACAGCACGAGGUUCCUUGCAGACAGCUCAGGGUUGCUCUCUUGUUCUGAGGACAUGUCCAUUCGAUACUGGGACCUGGGGAGUUUCACCAACACUGUGUUGUACCAAGGACAUGCCUACCCUGUGUGGGACCUGGACAUUAGCCCUUACAGUCUGUACUUCGCCAGUGGGUCGCACGACCGUACUGCCAGGCUGUGGUCAUUUGAUCGGACGUACCCGCUGAGGAUAUAUGCAGGACACCUGGCAGAUGUGGACUGUGUCAAAUUCCACCCGAAUUCAAACUACUUAGCUACAGGCUCCACCGACAAGACUGUGCGUCUGUGGAGCACCCAGCAGGGGAGCUCGGUGAGACUCUUCACAGGCCACCGUGGCCCUGUGCUUUCUCUUGCCUUCUCUCCCAAUGGUAAAUACUUGGCAUCUGCAGGCGAGGACCAGCGGUUGAAGCUGUGGGACUUGGCCUCUGGGACCCUUUAUAAAGAACUGAGAGGCCACACAGACAAUAUCACCAGCCUCACUUUCAGUCCAGACAGCGGCUUAAUCGCCUCUGCCUCCAUGGACAACUCAGUGCGAGUCUGGGACAUCAGGAACACUUACUGCAGUGCGCCUGCCGACGGCUCCUCCAGCGAGCUUGUGGGCGUAUACACUGGGCAGAUGAGCAACGUUCUGAGUGUGCAGUUCAUGGCCUGUAACCUUCUUCUGGUGACUGGAAUUACACAAGAAAAUCAGGAACAUUAAUUUUUUUUCUUUGUUGGAAUGGACCGGCGCAGUGGUGAAGGCCUCCAGUUGCCGUCCUUCCACAAGUUGAGAUUGAAUCACUGACUGUGAAAGAGCACCCUGCUCCCCUGUCUCCAGGGCUCUCAUCCCAGGCAGGUCCUCCUUCACUCAGCCCCCCAGCAUCAAAGGCCUGGGUUGGGGUUGGAGGCUGAGGCAAGGCAAUGGGGAGUGGACACGAGAUCUAGACUUAGGAUGCUGCAGAGGUCCCGUGGCAUGCCCUGCACCAGCGAGCAUCUUCCUGUCUCUGUCUCAUCUGUCCCGUCCCCUGUCCAGGGCUGGUCUGCUUAGACGGUGGUUGCAGAGCACUCUAGAAGUAAAUGGCAGAGGUGUCACCUACCGUCCUGCCCUUGGUAGAAAGGAAGUCCUUAUUGGUGGAGGGAUGUUGGGGUGGGAGCUAGUAAAGGGGAGGGGAUGAUCCUGACAAAAAGUCUUUCCUUUUCCAUAAUUACAGAGAAUGAGGAUUUUUUAUUAUUGUUAUUAUAUUAUUAUUAUUAUUAUUGAGAAGAGGAGACCUAGCACUGGCCGAGGGGACCUUCUCUGCUUUUCUCCUUCAGGUUUGACUCCUGCCACUGGCUUUGAUACUUGGAAUUUUGAGGUUCAGGGAAUUCAGAGAAUUUGGUAUCACAGUGUUGAGGGAGAAAGGGAAAUUUGGGGUGGUCAAUUGAUCGCCUCGGUUGACAUGUUCCUGGAAGGGGGUGGGUGGGUUUGAUUGAGAAAGUUUGGGCUCUUGGGCUUUUGCAGGGAUGGUGGGGAAAAAAAUUCUUUCCAUGGCUGCACUUCUAUUAUUAAUUCUCUCUGCUCAAAAGAAAGAUUAUGAUAAAGAAUAACUUGGAGUAAUAAGUCACAAGAUAGAAUUAGAGAAAUGUGGAAUUUCCAAAUGACCCUUCAGAGGUAUAGCUUUCUCUGUAUCUUUCUAGCCUGUGAUGAUCCGCUCCCACCUCCUGCACUGCAAUACCAGGCUAGUGAACACUUUGUGAAGUGAAUCCUAAGUAUGUACGCACGCAUAUCAAAGUAUGCUCUAGAAAAAGGCAAGUUCUAAUUUGUGGAAAAAGGAUUAAAUAUUUGUUUUCUGAAAAGAGUUAUUUUGUAUUUUGUUUUCUAUUAAAAUACAUUUAGUUUCAAAAAAAA